AUGGAUGCAAUCGAGUACGACCAGAUUUGCACUGACAGCCUCCCGUCUUUACCCUUCGACAUGUCCAAACAACUGAAAGAUAUGGGCCUUCAGCUAGCUGAUGAACCGUUUUCGGCGCCUGUCGAGAUUUCUCUCCUGAUUGGUUCAGAUUAUUACUGGCAGGUCGUCACUGGACAAACUGUUCGACUUUCGAAACAUCUUGUUGUAGCUGAAACCAUUUUCGGGUGGACCAUCCAAGGAGUCUGUUCGUCCGAUGGCAUGAAGGGACGACACGAUAUUCAAGUUAUGAAGAUUGGCGUGGAAACGGAUGUCGAGGUUGAUACCGACAGGAUAUAUUCGCAACUACAGGCAUUUUGGGACCUCGAGCAUCUAGGAAUCACGGACCAGUGUUCAACGUCCAGUUCCUACACUGACCCCAUUCUUCAAGAGUUUAGCACUUCAGCAUGCCUACAGAACGGGCGAUAUAUGGUCCGUCUCCCCUGGAACCUGGAGAAGCGUCACAUGCUGGGCGAUAACAAGGUGCUCGCGUUCCGACGGUUGAGUUACACCACCAAGAAGCUGCUACCGGAUCCCAGUCUAAUGGAAGAGUACGACUCUACGAUUCGUCAAUAUCUGCUAAAUGGACAUGCGGAGCGCGUACUUGAGACGGAGAACACCGGUGGAGGGCCUAUAUAUUACAUGCCUCAUCAUGCUGUCAUACGAAGAGAUCGGGAGACGACUAAAGUACGCAUUGUAUUCGACGCUUCGUCAAAGUCAUCUGGUGCAGUCUCUUUAAAUGAAGCUCUUCACGCUGGACCCAACUUGAACCCGGAUGUUCUAGACUUGCUCCUUCAGUUCAGGGCAUAUCAAAUAGCUCUUACAGCUGACGUCGAAAAAGCAUUUUUACAGAUCGUACUCGAUCCACAGGAUCGCGAUUCUUUGCGCUUUCUUUGGUACGCCACUGCGCCGAAGGCAGACGAGGCUUUGCCUCCUAUUGAGACUUGGAGAAUGAUGCGGGUACCGUUCGGCGCAAAGUCCAGCCCGUUUUUGUUGGCCGCCACUAUCCGACAUCAUUUGCAAUCUGUGGUUUCACGAUAUCCUCGAACGGCUUCUCUUCUAUCAAGUCACUUUUAUGUGGAUGACCUGGUUGUCGGCGUGGAUUCCGUUGACGAAGGAAAUACGCUCUACCGUGAAUCGCGUGACAUCCUUAUUGAAGCUGGGAUGAAGCUCGUCAAAUGGACCAGCAACGACAGCACCCUGUGGAAGUUAUUUCAAGCGGAAGGCACUGCUUCAUCAUCCACCACUUCCCUUAAAAAGGUGCUCGGACUCAAUUGGGAUAUCGACUCUGAUGAGAUACAGCUCUCCAUGAAAUCAUUAUCCGAUUUUCUGGAACGUCCGGGUGCCACUAAGCGUUACGUGCUUCAGGCUGUUUCUCGGAUUUUUGAUCCUCUGGGCUACGUGGCGCCGUUCGUCGUUACGGCCAAGAUCUUACUGCAAGGCAUCUGGCUUGCUAAGCUUCAGUGGGACGAUCUCCUUCCUGACAACAUAAGGUCUGUAUGGAGUAAUUGGUGUCAAGAGGUGCCUACGCUGGCUCGUUUCCGGCUACCUCGGAAGCUAACAGGUGCCACAGCUCCGUUGACGGAGGUUGCGAGGAGCCUGCAUGUUUUCGGCGAUGCCAGCACCAAGGCAUACGGAGCAGCUGUUUACUUGGUUUCUCAACGUGGCGAAGGCCGAUUGGAAGCAUGUCUUUUGCUGGCCAAAACCAGAGUCGCCCCGGUGAAAGCAAUGUCCCUCCCACGCCUCGAGUUGAUGGGCGCCGUUCUAGCCUCACGACUGCUUAAGUUUGUCCGGCAGACGUUAUUCCUUUUAGAUGUGGAAGCCAUCUUGUGGACAGACUCGGAGGUUGCUUUGCAUUGGAUCCACGGAUCUCCCUCGGCGUGGAAACCUUUUGUACGGAACCGCGUUGCGGAGAUUCAAUCUUCUACGCAAACCCGCCAAUGGAGACACUGCCCUGGUCCCGACAAUCCUGCCGACCUUUUGACGAGGGGUGUGUCAUGCCGACGCCUUCUGGACACUACGUGUUGGUGGAAUGGCCCGAGUUGGCUGUGCAGUCCUGAAUCCUGGCCGCCAGGUUGGCGCUCUACAGCCAAUGCUCCAGGAGAUGUCUACUCCGAGGCUAAGACCCCCGACGUUCUCGCAGUGAUGACAGUGAUCAACGAGCCCAUCCUGCAAGUACGAAAGUACAGCUCGUUCUCCAGACUGCUCCGGGUUACGUCAUGGGUGCUACAGUUUAUCCACAACAGCAGGAGCCCUUCUCUCAAGGACAGGGGUAUGCCAAGUUCAGAAGAGAUUAAUGCGGCAGAGCACUAUUGGAUUAGAAAUGCUCAACGUGAGGCUUUUGGGUUGCAGCCUACCACCCACACUUCUCUUCGGAACGCCUCCUUGUUUCACGACGACGAAGGGAUCCUCCGCAUGCAAGGACGUCUCCAGUACGGUGUCUUUCCUGAUGCAGUCAAGCAUCCUAUAGUCUUGCCCUCGAACCACCCUAUCACAGCCAUGAUUAUCAGGCAGACUCACUUACGGUUGUUGCACGCUGGCGUCCAAGGAACACUGACUGACCUACGAGAGGCCUACUGGGUCAUUCGAGGACGGCAAGUGGUAAAGAGGGUGGUGCACGGCUGUCGCGUUUGCAGGCGAGCGAAAGCCCGCGCGUGUACUGAGAUUGCUGGUCCCCUACCUCGGGACCGAAUAUCAGCUGCAGCGCCAUUUGAUGUGACAGGAACCGAUUAUGCUGAGCCACUCGUUUACAGGCCAGCCUAUGAAGAGAGCAAUGUUUCAAGAAAAUGUUACAUCCUCAUCUUCACUUGCGCCGUAACUAGGGCAGUUCAUUUAGAGCUCACAGAAUCUAUGACUGCCGAAGACUUUUUGAAGGCCUUCAAGAGAUUUGUAUCGAGGAGAGGUGUGCCAGGAACAGUGUACUCUGAUAAUUUUCGCACCUUCAAGAGUGUGUCCCGUGAACGUUCCGUUGGCCAGCUGUCGCAGGAUCCAGAUGUGAACGGGUUCCUUACGGUACAUCGGAUCAACUGGAAGUUUAUCGUUGAGCGCGCUGCCUGGUGGGGAGGCUUUUGGGAACGCCUAAUAAAAAGCGCCAAGGUGUGUCUACGGAAGAUACUGGGAAAAAGCACCCUAACGUACAGCGAGCUUGCCACUGUUGUCACGGAGGUGGAAGCCGUUCUGAACUCACGGCCCCUGACUUAUGUUUCCGAGGAUCCAGACGAUCUCUCCGUGCUCACGCCUGGUCACUUCCUGGUUGGUAAACGUAUUUCAGCCCUUCCCUACGAGCCUGUAGCCGAGGUACGUUCGACGUCAAACCAGCUGAGGCGACGAUGGAAGUACCGCGAGCGCUUGAUGGAGUCGUUUUGGACUAGAUGGACCAAGGAGUAUAUCCUGUACCUGAGAUCUGCGAACAUACGCAAGCCACUUUCAUCGUGCAGCGUCAAGACAGGGGACAUCGUUCUCAUAGCCAAGGAGAAUGCGCCUCGGGUGUCUUGGCCCCUUGGCCGCGUUGAAAGUACAAGAGAGAGCGCCGAUGGCCGCAUCCGAUCUUGCCAGGUCAGGACAUCGGGGGGCAAAAUUAUCUGUAGACCAAUUCAACUGCUACACAAGUUAGAGGCAGGUACCUUUUAA